AUGCACCUGGACCUCUCGGCACCAAAAGAUUCCGUAGCCGACUGGGUAGGAUCGGGCGAGCCUCUUCAUCAAGGGGAUAUUAUCAGCCUUAUUACCUUCAAAGAUGGCACCAGCACAAUCCUUCACAACGAAUGCGGAGGGAGUGCCAUCCGAUUUGGUCUGGAAGAAUGUGAGCGUGAAGCUAGGGAACAAGUAAUAGGUCAUAUCACACGCGAGGCUAUGGAGACUGCCGGCAUAUAUGAGGAAUACAAGACAACGUUUGGAGAGACGGUCUCUGUGCGCAUUGGCGCCUUGGAUCCGACUGGACAGUUCUAUCCGAUAAUGGAAGGUGACGAUGAGUUUCGGUUUGACAGAGACACCAAUACAAAUGAAACUCUAAUAACGGACUUCCGGCAGUUCAUUGGAAGCCUCACCCUCGACUCAGUCGCUGAAAGCAGAGCUACGGCGUGGGAGGAAGAAUGGGAGGCUCUUCAGCCAAGUGAAAGCGAAUAUGAUAGCAGCGAAUACGACAGCAGUGAACAUGAGAGGGGCCGAGAGUAA